GAGGGGAGCAGGAGGAAGGUAAGGAGGGAGAACUGUGUUUGGCAUGUAAAGUGAAUUUUAAAAAAUGUAAAAUAAAAGAAAAUAGCAAAAACUAAGAGUGCAAAAAAGAAAUAAGACAUUUUCUAAAUUAUAUUCUCUGUGCACAAAAUGUUAGCAGUGUUAUUAAAUGUGCUAAUGAGUGUUCUGCAGAAGGCACCAGACAUACAGAAACAAUCAGAAGGCUUGUUGUUCUCACCAAUUAUGAGUUCAAUCUGGUUGUGCAGACUUUGCUCAGCAAUUUCUGGAUUUAAUAUAAUAAACAAACAAGUAAAUAAUCUUAAAUAAAUAUUAAAGAAAUAUUUCAUAUCUGUGUGAUGCUUUGUCUUCCAUGCACACAAGAAGUUCAUGAUAAUGUAGCCAUUGCCUGCUGCAACACGGGGAACAGGACAUACUGAAAACCAGUGGUUGUCUACAUAGAAACUUGCUUCUUGGGACUGAUGUUAAUGUAUUAAUCUCUUCCUCCCUCCUUGCCCCUCCCCCCAUAAGUGUUGGCACGCGGCGGGUGGGGGUAUAUUGCAAGUGUGUACGCACUCAGAUAAUUCAGAUAAAGGCCAGAAGACAACCUUGGCUAUCAUCCUUAGAAACAUUGCCCAUUUCCAGAGAAGCUAGCCGGUAAGCCCCAUGGAUACUCUUGUCUCCCCGCUCCCCACCCCAGCACUGUACAUUGAUCCCAAGCUAACACCCCUGACAUUUCUUACAUGGGCUCUGGAAAUCAAACUCAGCUCCUUAUGCUUGCAAGGCAAAUACUUUACUAAGUGAACUUUCUCCGCAGCCUGAGGACACAUCUCUCCAAGCUCUGUGCUUUUCUGCCCUAAAUGAUGAUGGAAAUAGGAUUCACACAGUGCUACAGAAAUGUUGGUGAAAGUGCAGAUUUACCCUGUAACCCUGGAAACAUUGCUGUGCUGUCGUGUGCAGAUCCAGCUCUUAAAAAAAAAAAAAUCAAUGAAGGGCUUUGAGAAAUGAUCUUAUCCAAUGCGUACGUUUAUUCCUGUAAUUUAGGGAUUCUUUUCUGCUCUGCUUGGAGCUGGCCUUUUUCUGAUUUUGUUUAAAGUUUGCUGCUGCUGAGAGUCAAGUCUCCUAUCGGGGUCUAAUCUGAAAGAAAGAAAAAAUGCUUUUUAAAAUUCCCAGCUUCUUCCUGGUUUGAUAGUUGCUAACGUUCCGAUAUGUCCAGCCAACCAUCUGCAGCCACAAAUUCCCUGCUGAGGAGCUGGCGGGAGGCAGGGGAAGAAAAAGCAGCUCAGGAGUCACUACGUGAGCAGAGCUUUGGCAGCCAGGCUGAACUUAGUCAAGAAUUCUCUUCAGAAACCAGAGUGAAGCAGAACUGUCCCCCGAUAAGCAAAAUUCAAAGCAAGAUGUAGCGGUGAUCCGAACAAAGAGAUGUGAAUUCUCCUCCAGGACAAAGAUCUGUGGAUGAACUCUUUGAAGAUUCCUGCUUUGGCUUCCCUCAAAAAAUAAGCAAGCCGAAAUGAGGAAGAGACACUUGAGAGUGGGUCAGCAGACGUGGGCUCUGCUCUGCAAGAACUGGCUGAAGAAGUGCAGAACGAGAAGAGAAACAGCGAUGGUAUGGCUCAGAAUCUAUGUGCUCUCGUAUUUGGAAAAGAAAACAGUAUUUUCUCAGUGAUAGCCACACGGAAUGGUUUUUCUCAUUUCUUCUAAUAUUUCUUACAUAUCAAUUGUCCUCCAAUUUACAUCAAGUUCAUGAUGCUCCUCAAACUCCUGAAAUGGAUCUAGGACGUGUUGAUGAUUUUAAUGAUUCUAAUUAUAUUAUUGCAUUUGCUCCUGAGUCUAAAACUGUCUAUGAGAUAAUGAGCAAAGUGGCAUCAGCUCCCUUCAUGAAAGGAAGAAGAAUUGUGGCAUGUCCUGAUGAAACAUGUAUGAGCGAACUAGAUUUAAAUUACUCAACAGAUGCAGUGAGAGUCAUCUUCAAAGAUACGUUCUCAUAUCAUUUGAAAUUUUCAUGGGGCCAGAGGAUCCCACAAGUAAAAGAACACAGAGACCAUUCAGCUCCUUGCGAAACAAUAGAUGACAAAAUAACUUGUAGAAAUUCAAUCUUCUGGGAGAAAGGGUUUGUAGCCUUCCAAGCUGCCAUUAACGCUGGCAUCAUAGAGAUCACAACAAAUCAUUCAGUGAUGGAAGAGCUGAUGUCAGUUAUUGGUUCACACAUGAAGAUACUACCUUUUAUUUCCCAAGGAGGAGUUGCAACUGAUUUUUUAAUUUUCUUCUGUGUUAUAUCCUUUUCUUCAUUUAUAUACUAUUUAUCCAUCAACAUUACCCAAGAAAGGCAAUACAUUACAACACUGAUGGCAAUGAUGGGACUUCGGGAGUCUGCUUUCUGGCUUUCCUGGGGUUUGAUGUAUGCUGGCUUUAUCCUUGUCAUGGCUACCUUGAUGUCUCUUAUUGUGAAAUCUGCCCAGAUUGUCGUCUUAACUGGUUUCAUGGUGGUGUUCCUUCUUUUUCUUCUUUAUGGGUUGUCUUUGAUAACGUUAGCUUUCCUCAUGAGUGUGUUGUUAAAGAAACCUUUUCUCACUGGUUUGGUCGUCUUCCUCCUCACCAUCUUUUGGGGAAGUCUGGGAUUCACAGCACUGUACAAACACCUUCCUGCCUUUAUGGAAUGGACCCUGUGUUUGCUUAGCCCCUUUGCCUUUACUGCCGGAAUGGCCCAGCUUAUUCAUUUGGACUACGACGUGAAUUCUAAUGUUAAUUUGGACUUUCCAAACAACUCGUACCUAAUCAUAGCCAACCUCUUUAUGUUGAUUUUGGAUGCUUUUCUCUAUUUGGUACUGGCAUUGUAUUUUGACAAAAUUUUACUCAGUAAGUAUGGACAUCGAUCUUCUCCAUUGUUUUUCCUGAAGUCAUCUUACUGGUUUCAACACAGAAGAGCUAAUCACGUGGUCCUUGAGAAUGAAAUAGACUCUGAUCCUCCACUGAAUGACUCGUUGGAACCAGUGCCUCCAGAAUUCCAGGGGAAAGAAGCCAUCAGGAUCAAAAAUCUUAAGAAGGAAUAUACAGGAAAGCAUGGAAAAGUAGAAGCUUUAAGAGGUCUGGGAUUUGACAUAUAUGAAGGCCAGAUCACUGCUCUUCUUGGCCACAGUGGAGCUGGGAAAACCACACUGAUAAAUACACUCUGUGGACUGUCACCUCCAACUACAGGUUCCGUCACCAUCUAUAAUCAGACCCUUUCAGAAAUGGAUGACUUUGAUGCUGUCGUCAAGCUCACUGGAGUUUGUCCGCAGUCCAAUAUACAAUUUGGUUUUCUCACCGUGAGAGAAAAUCUCAGACUUUUUGCUAAAAUAAAGGGAAUUCUGCCGCAUGAAGUAGAGCAGGAGGUACAGCGAGUUUUGCGGGACCUAGAAAUGGAAAAUAUCCAAGACAUUCUUGCUCAGAGUUUAAGUGGUGGACAAAAAAGGAAACUGACUUUUGGGAUUGCCAUUUUAGGAGACCCUCAGGUUUUGCUACUGGAUGAGCCAACUGCUGGGUUGGACCCGCUUUCAAGGCAUCGCAUAUGGAACCUCCUGAAAGAAAGGAAACUAGACAGAGUAAUUGUCUUUAGUACCCAGUUCAUGGAUGAGGCCGAUAUCCUGGCUGACAGGAAGGUGUUUAUAUCCAAUGGGAGACUGAGGUGUGCAGGGUCUUCUCUGUUCCUGAAGAAGAAAUGGGGCAUUGGCUAUCAUCUAAGUUUGCAUCUGAAUGAAAUAUGUGAUCCAGAGAGUGUAACGUCACUGGUCAAAAAGCACAUCCCUGACGCCAGAGUGACCACACAAAGUGAAGAAAGGCUCGUCUUUAUCUUGCCCCUGGAAAGGACAAACAAAUUUCCAGACCUAUACAGGGACCUUGAUAGGUGUUCUAACCAAGGCAUUGAGAAUUAUGGUGUUUCCAUGACAACUCUGAAUGAGGUGUUCCUGAAAUUAGAAGGGAAGUCAAUGACUGAUGAAUCAGAUAUUGGAACCAGUGGGCACUUAGAAAGUGAAGGGGCAGAAGCCAUGGGAAGCCUUGCUGAGCUGGAGCAAGCCGUGUCGUCCCUAGAUUCACCGGGAGACAUGAAGAACGGCAUGGCGCUGUGGAGGCAGCAGCUCUGUGCAGUCGCCAAGGUUCGCUUCCUCAAGCUCAAGAAAGAAAGGAAAAGUCUGAUGACCAUGCUACUGCUUUUUGGCAUUAGCUUUCUUCCCCAAGUUUUGGAACACCUAAUCUAUGAGCUACAUCAUGAGAAUUACUCAUGGGGCCUGUCUCCAAGUAUGUAUUUCCUUGCACCAGGACAGCCCCCGCAGGAUCCUCUCACCCACUUACUGGUCAUCAAUAAAACAGGUUCCAGCAUCGAUAACUUUGUCCACUCACUCAGACAGCAGAGCAUAGCAGUAGACAUAGAUGUCCCAGGAACCAGAAAUGGCACAGAGGAGGCACUAUACAAUGGCGCUAUCACUGUGUCGGGUGACGAAAAGGAUCUCAGAUUUUCGAUAGCAUGUAACACCAAAAGACUAAACUGCUUUCCAGUCCUCAUGGAUAUUAUUAGCAACGGGCUGCUUGGGAUCUUUAAUUCUUCAGAACGCAUCCAGACUGACAGAAGCACGUUUUUUGAAGAGCAUAUGUUUUAUGAGCAUGGACACAUGAGCAACGCAUUCUUCUGGAUACCAUUGGCUGCCAGUCUCCCUCCUUACAUCGCCAUGAGCAGCGUCAGUGACUACAAAAGAAAAGUUCUUUCCCAGCUGUGGAUCUCAGGCCUGUACCCUUCUGCCUACUGGUGUGGACAGGCUCUGGUCGACAUUCCCCUGUACUUUUCGAUUCUCCUUCUCAUGCAAAUAAUGGAAUGUGUUUUCAGCCAGGAAGAGAUUAUGUUUAUAAUUGAAAACCUGUUAAUUCAGACCCUGUGCAGUAUUGGAUACGCAUCAUCUCUUGUUUUCUUGACAUACAUAAUCUCAUUCGUUUUUCGUAAUGGUAGAAAAAAUAGUGGCGUUUGGUCAUUUUUCUUCUUGGUUGUCACCAGCUUCUCCUUAGUUGCUGCUGAGAUAAAUGCGUAUGGGUUUCUAGGGCUCCUAUUCGGCACCCUUUUGAUACCACCCUUCACGCUGAUUGGCUCUCUAUUCAUUUUUUCUGAGAUUUCUUAUGACUCUAUGGAUUACUUAGGAGCCUCAGAAUCUCAAGUCGUGUUUCUGGCAUUGUUCAUACCUUACUUCCAUUUUCUCCUUUUCUUUUUUGUUCUGCGCUGUCUGGAAAGGUACUCCAGUAAGAAAUCACUGAGAAUGGACCCUGUGUUCAGAAUUUCCCCAAGAAGCUGUAAUGCUUUCCCAAACCCAGAAGAACCCGGAGAAGAGGAUGAAGAUGUCCAGGUGGAAAGAACGAGAACAGCGGGCGCUGUGACUGCGUUACAGAUGAGCGAGAAGCCAGCCAUCAUUGCUAGCUGUCUGCGGAAGGAGUAUGCAGGCAAAAAGAAAAAAUGCUUCUCCAAAACAAAGAAAAAGAUCGCCACAAGGAACGUCUCCUUCUGUGUUAAAAAAGGUGAAGUUCUGGGGCUCCUGGGACACAACGGAGCUGGUAAAAGUACAACGAUUAGUAUGAUAACCGGAGACACAAAACCAACUGCAGGGCAGGUAUUUUUGAAAGGGUGCAGUGAAGGUACCACCCUCGGCUUCUUGGGGUACUGUCCUCAGGAAAACGUGCUGUGGCCCGUCCUGACAGUGAAGGAGCACCUGGAGGUGUACGCCGCCGUGAAAGGGCUGAGGAAAAAGGAUGCCUCGGUCGCUAUUACACGACUGGUGAAUGCCCUCAAACUGCGGGACCAGCUGAAGGCUCCAGUAAAGACCCUAUCAGAGGGAGUGAAGAGAAAGCUCUGUUUCGUGCUGAGCAUCCUGGGGAACCCAUCUGUGGUGCUUCUGGAUGAGCCAUCGACCGGGAUGGACCCUGAGGGGCAGCAGCAGAUGUGGCAGGCGAUCCGGGCCAGCUUUACCAACACAGAGAGGGGUGCCCUCCUGACCACACAUUACAUGGCAGAGGCAGAGGCUGUGUGUGACCGUGUGGCCAUCAUGGUGUCUGGGAGGCUGAGGUGUAUUGGUUCAAUCCAACAUCUGAAAAGCAAAUUUGGCAAAGAUUACCGGCUGGAGAUGAAGGUGAAGACCCUCACACAAGUGGAAUCCCUCAACAUGGAGAUCAUGAAGCUUUUCCCUCAGGCUGCUCGGCAGGAAAGAUACUCCUCUCUGAUGGUCUAUAAGUUGCCUGUUGAGGAUGUACGGCCUUUAUCACAGGCUUUCUUCAAAUUGGAGAGAUUGAAAGAGAAUUUUGACUUGGAAGAAUACAGCCUCUCACAGUCCACUCUGGAGCAGGUCUUCCUGGAGCUCUCCACGGAGCAGGAGCUGGAUGACUUGGAUGAGGAAUUAGAUUCCUCCGUGAAGUGGAAGCUCCUCCCACAGGAAGAGCCUUAAAGUCUAAAAUGUUGUCUUCAAGCUCGCGUCCCUUUUUCAAGGCAGCAUUCAGUAGCAGCGAUGCGUCUUACUUGUCUCAGAUGUAGUGUUAAGUAUUUUUGAAACUCAUGUCCGAAUAUCCCUGAAUAAUAUUUCUGACAGUGGUGACCAAAGUAAGAACAAGUUAGAACACACAGCAGGGACCCCUCAACCAAGUCAUGGUUCACACAUUAUGGAGUUUUUAAAUGCAUUGAUAAUAGUAGUGAUUUUUCUGAGUCAGCUGCAGAGACUGAUUGACUUUCUCCCCUCCACCCUCGAAUUUCAAAACAUUGACCGUUUUCUUUCUUUAUUGAUUAGGUAAGGUAUAGUUUAAACAACAUUGAUUUUAGGGAGAAGGGGAUCAGUCAACUUCCCAACAGCAUGGUAUUUGUUUUUCAUGACCCGCUUUGACAGUGUGUAGACUUUGGGUUACAGAGAAGGGUUUUGUCCAUUGUGACUACAAAAACAGACUUUAAACUUGUCGGAGUAAAUACCUGCAGUCACUAAAUGACUGAGUGCAUAUUUACACACACAUCUGAACCAUUUCUGAAAUUUAAACUUUUUUAAAUGAUGCAAAUGUGUAUUUUUAGGCAAAAGGACUAGCUUUGCAAGUCUUUAUCUAUCAAGUCUGUGUAUACUAAGUUCUAUCUACUGUAACCUGUAUCGACUGCCAUAAACGCUAUGAGAUUUUUACUACUUUUAUUUUUACCAGUUAUCCAAACAUUUGCAGGCAGUUAUGUGCAAAGGUCGACCUUGAUUCUAGGGUUGUGUGCUGUGCAUGUGAACAUGAACUGCCCCCAUCUCAUGAGAAGUCGCGCCCUAGAUCUUGAACAAAGGCUCCAAGUCUUUAAUUCUCAAAAAGAGACAGUAAUGCUGGCCCUACUAAUUUACCUGGUCUUGGAAACGACAAAUUAAUUGAUACAAGUCAGUACCUUAAAAGCACUUUACUAGGGGCCAGAAAAACAGCUCAGCAGUGAAGGCUGAUGAGCUUUUAAGCCUGGUGAACAUAAUCCUGGGGAUUGUAGAAGAACCAUCCUUCAAGUUGUUUUCUGACUGCCACACACAUGUGGCCUCAAGCAUGUGUCUACACACCUACACUCAGAGCAUACAAAUAAUGAAAUAAAACUAUAAUGGACUUUA